AUGCCAUUAUCACGGAAAAAAGCACAUGAAUUGGCUUGUGUUGUUGUGGAGAAAACAGUUAUCACAGAUACUCUCAAACACCGAUUUGUCAUUGAAAAAGAAUUUGCACGCGGUGGUUUUGGUCGCAUUUACUCCGGAAGACAAGAAGAUAGUAAAGAAUAUGACAAGGCUGGUUCACUUGCGAUCAAAAUUGAACCGCAUGCAAAUGGUCCACUUUUCACAGAAAUAACAGUCUUUCAACGAAUCCUAACACCGCAAAAGCUUGCAACUUGGUUGGAUAAGAAAAAAAUCAACCAUAUUGGUUUACCUCCAUACGUGAGUAGCGGUUUAUUUACAUAUAAUGGUGAGAAGUUACGAUUUCUGAUUAUGCCACGCUAUGAGAAAUCUCUGGAAACAUAUCGUAUAGCAAAUGGUGGUAUUUUGGACAUGGAUUUAAUAUUGACUGUUGCGAAACAAUGUGUCGAUUGCUUAUCAUACAUGCAGGACCACGAUUACGUGCAUGGUGAUCUAAAGGCAGACAACAUUUUGUUGGCAUCAGCAAACGAAUAUUCCAGAUGUUUUUUGGUCGAUUUUGGACUUGCAAGGUUGGCCAAAGGGAAUGUCGACAAACCGGAUAAAAAAAGGGCUCAUAACGGAACUUUGUUGUUUACUUCAUUGGAUGCUCAUCGUGGUUGUUCUCCUUCAUUUCGAGGUGACUUGGAAAUACUUGGAUACAACAUACUUUACUGGUUGUGUGGAACGUUACCUUGGCAGAAAUAUGGGCAAAAACCAGAAUCAGUUAUGACAGAAAAAGAAAAGUUUUCAAAGGAAUUCGAUGAAAAUAUCAAGAAGCUUAUGCAAGGUGAAUAUGUGCCUUUUCUGAGCAAGCUUUUUAAGCUGGCUUAUGAAACGCCGUAUGUGAACAAAGUGGAUUAUGGAAGUGUUCAAUUGAUUUUGAAUCAAAUGUCAUCGACAUCUAAAAAUUUGAAUUCAAGAAGCAGAAGGAAGGGAAACUCAAAAACAUCGCUGACUGAUAAAGCUGUGAGUGCGAGAAACAUUUCACCAUCGACUGUUCGUAAGCGUGAGGGGAAUACAAAAGAUCUAGAUAGUAGUACGUCAUCCAGCAAACCACCUACUCCAAAGAGACGGAAAAGUGACCGAAUCGCAAACCAGUUGUCAAAAAAAGUGGUCGAUUCUCCAAGAUCUGACGAAGAGAAGUCUCCAGAAGUUGGUGGCAGCAAUGGUAACAAGAAAAAAGACAUUAAACAUUCACUCAAUGUCAUAUCUCAUAAAAAAAACUUUACUAAACUAAAUCGAGGACAUCGAAAUGGCGUGAAGUCAGCAGCUAAACAAAAUGCACCUUUAUCGCCAGCAUUAUUGCUUUCUAGCAAAAAAGUGGAAGAUUCUCCUGGUAAGAAACUACGUAAUGUAAUUCCGGGUCUUCACAAUAUGAAGACCGUGCGACAGUCUUUGAAAGAUACACUUGUGAAGAAAUAUAUCAAUGUUGCUAAUCAGGCUAACAGAAAGCAAUAA